AUGGACCCAGAUAAACAAGAUGCUCUUAAUAGCAUUGAGAAUUCCAUUUAUAGAACAGCCUUCAAAUUACGAUCUGUGCAAACCAUGUGUCAACUGGACUUGAUUGACAGUUCUCAGAUUCAGCACAUCCUACUCCAUCAAAGUUUCUGGGAAGCAAGAGAGAAGCCCCUCUCCGUGCAGCAUCUUUUUCAGGCCCUCCAGGAGCUGUUUCAGAGAGUCAGGGAAAAGCCAGGGCAAGUGCAUCCCAGAGCUGCGGAACUUACUCUGAGCCUUCUCACAGCGAUGUAUGACAGCACGGGAACUGGCUUCCUCAGGCUUGCACCUGCAGCCGCUGCCCUGAUUGCCCUCUCAGGGGACAGCCCACUUACAAAAUACAGAGCUCUUUUUCAGCUCUAUGCAGAAAAUAACAAGGGAGGUUAUGAUUCUGGGGCACGCAUGACCCGAAGGGUUUUGAGAAACCUACUAACAGAUCUACAGCAGAUCCCAAGUGUCGUUGGUGAGAGUCGUGCUCUGUGUUCUGUGGAAAGUGCUACACGCAGCUGCUUCCAAGGGGUGUUGAGCCCAGCAAUCAAAGAAGAGAAAUUCCUCUCUUGGUUACAGUCGGAGCCUCCCAUCCUCCUGUGGCUCCCGACCUGCUACCGAUUGUCAGCCACUGAAAUGGUAACCCACCCUGUUCGGUGUAGAAUAUGCAGGAACUUCCCACUCACGGGACUGAGAUACCGCUGUCUGAAGUGCCUCAACUUUGACAUCUGCCAGGUGUGUUUCUUAUCUGGUCUUCACAACAAGUCCCACCAGAAGUUUCAUCCUGUGGUUGAGCACUGUGUCCAGAUGUCCUCAAGGGAGUACACAAAAGUCCUCCUCAGGACCCUCAGAAACAACCUUGUCCAAGGGCGCAGCCGGAGGAAAGAAGCUACGAGAGGGCAGUGGCUGCUGGAGCAGGUGGAUCCAAAGGGCAUGACUGACCACACACAGGCCAGGUUCCUUAAAAAACAGUUAAACCGAUACAAAGACAAGUUGCAAGCCAUAUACGUCUCCCAAGAAGAAAAAUGUCACAGAUUUGAAAUAAAGAUACACGAACUCACAGCCAACCAGGACAGUCUGUGGACAAAGCUACAGCAAAUGGGGCAGGAUUUACAGACAAAGCUGCAGCCACUCCAUCUACCUUCUUCCUGUCAAAAUAUGAUUUCCAAGGGUGACAAUGGAAAGGACGAAAGAUUUUGGAAAGCAGAAGAUUCUUCCCAAAGCAAGAAUACUAGUGUGGAUGGUCUGGAACGGGAACCUCUUCCUAACCCCACUGUGACUGACAAAAGUCAACAAAAUCAAGCAAAAGCAGAGCACGCUGUACCAAAUUCAGAAUCACCAGAGGCCAUUUUGCAGCCAAGGUCAAUGCAAAGCACCAGGGCUCAAAGCCAAGCACAAAAGACCUCUGAGGAAAUCUUUAGCUCCCCAACCAAUUCCCAGGAAGGACUGCUGCAGGGCACCCCCCAGAUUGCUCCUACUGAAAUAAACAGUCCUACUCUGGCCCCCGUGGAAAGGAAAGAGACAGUUAACAUCCAAGAGGAAAAGCCUGAGCUGGAAGAAGAAGAACUGCAAGAAUUGUUAUCAGCACUUAUGGAUGCCUUCACUCUAGAAAUGCCAUCAGAUCCUCAGUCUUCAGUAAACGUGGACCUGUAUCGUGGAGCUGAGCGCGUGAGCAGGGCCUUCUCUGCCCUUGUUGAUCAAAUCACCUUGCCCAACUCGAAGUGA